CGUAAGUCGUAAGUUUUACAAUAUAAGCUACAGGACUACAUGUUUUAUUGUUUGUCAUUAUAAUAAAUUCGUGUUGCUGAUAAUAUAUUUGGUGAAAUAACUGCAUAUUGUAUGCUUAGGAUUGGUAGUGUACAAAGCCGGAUACAUAAUGCCACUGAACUAUGAAAUUCCGAAUGAAGACAUGGACGGCCUGGUGUGUUCCUCUUGUAACAACUACCUCUCAGUUUUUCCAAUUUACCUGACAAACGAUAACUCUGCCGUCUGCGGCCGCUGCACCCAUUCCAACAAAGACUUCAUCCGCGACGUAGCUUACGAAGCUAUCGCCGAGUUCCUGCAAUUCCCCUGCUGCUACAAGAGGAACGGUUGCGAAGAGCGACUAUCACCACACAAACUUGAAGAGCACGAACCAGCGUGUCUUUUCCGGAUAUUGGAAUGCCCUAGUAAGGCUUACACUAGGUGCAAAUGGCUGGGACACCGUACUGAUCUAAUUAAGCACUUUGAGGAAAAUCAUUUGCACCUGUUGCUGAAGACUGGCGAAUUUAAACUGAAUUUAGACAGUUCUGUUAAGGAAAACCUCCUUAAGACUUUUGAGGACGAGUUGUUCAUCGUCAAAAAAGACUUUGACGCACGUAAACAAAAUUUUUCUUGCUCUGUGGAACGGUUUGCAGCUCAGUCAAAUUCCAACCGUUACAGCUACCUCGUAAAACUUUUAAGCGAUGAUAGAGAAUCCUGGUGCAAAUUACCAGUGAAAACUACGGAAAAUGGGGAAACCGUAACUGCGGACGAUGAUUGUAUAAAACUAAAGUUAAACUGUCCCGCAUUCAUUGUUGUUCAAAUUGAAAUUUUCAAAUCAGAUAAUACAAAGCAGGAAUAUACUGUAGAGAAAACUGUUAGCUUGGAGAAAAAUGCUGAUCUAGAUUGGGAAGUUUUAAACGAAUUAGUGUGUCCAGUUUGUUACAUUAUCAUAUCUUCUGAAAUCUACCAAUGCACUGGUGGUCACAGUAUUUGUAACGAGUGUAAACCUGUCGUAAAAAAUUGUCCCUUGUGCAGAAAGGACGUUUUAGACACAAGAAAUUACGCUUUGGAAAAACUGAUACCGUUUCUGACAUACCCUUGUAAGUUUCAUAAGGAUGGCUGCACUUACACUUCCAAAUGCAAGGAGAUUAAGAACCAUGAAGAGAACUGCAAUUUUGGUCCCUUUGAAUGUCCCUUGAAGGAAAAUUGUCAAGUGAAAAUUGACAGGUCUCGCAUUGUUGACCAUUUUGAAAGGUACCACCGUCAUUUGAUAUUAAAAUCAAACAGAAUUACUAGCCCUUUUGAUGUGGCUGAAAUGAGAGAAUGCUUGUACUUGAUGAAAUUUUUGAACAACAUAUUUUUGGUUCAAUACAAAUACACGAACAGGCAAUUUUACUGGACCGUACAGUUGAUAGGAACUGCUGAAGAUUGUAAAAAGUUUAAAUUCGACAUAGAUGUUAUUGACAACUCUAAAAGAAAGUUGAGGUGCUACAUGAAAGGUUUCUGUGUACCAAUCCAAGAGAAGAUUGAUUUUGAGAACCCUCUUAAGUACAUCAUGUUGACUUAUGAACAGUUGCAACCUAUGAUUACUACCACAUUAGACUAUAAUAUUCAUAUUGUCAAGGAGUGAAAUAACAAGGCAAACAUAUUUUCAAAAAAAUAGCGGUAUUUUGUCCUAGUAUUUUUGUCAUAUUUUGUUUACUUUCUUUA